CUAACAUGAAAUGUUGAUAGUUUUAUGUGAAUAUUUGAUGAUUAUUUGUACUUUUCGUUGUGAUUAUGAAGAGAACGAACGUUGUUGUUGCUGCCAGUGUUUCAGCUGAACGUUCAUGACGGUGAAAUGAAAGCCGUCCACCUUAAACCCUCUCACACUCUCUCUCCCCCUCUCGCCCCUCCCUAUCCGGCCAAUGAAUGAAGAGCGGGUGUGCGCGUGUCGGCCCUGACUGACCAAUCAGGCGGCUCGGCUGAGUCUGAGGGCCCCAACGGCAAAGCGCUCAUUCAUCUCCGCGCGCCUCUGACGACACAGAGAAAGAGAGCGCGAGACAGUGUGUAUGUGUAUGUGUGUGUGCGUGCCUGUGAGCGCGAGAGAGAGAGAGAGAGAGCGCGAGACACACGGACUCGGUUGUUGAACGGAUUUUCUUUAACGGAUAAAAAUCGACGAGUUUGAUCCGCACUAACCGCCCCGAUCGAGUCGGACUAAAUCUGAUCGUGCUGUCGGAUCUAACUGGAGCGCUUUGAUCUGGUGGACUGAGGGGAUCUGGUGCAUGUUUUUGGACGAACCUGGGUGCAUUUUUUUUUUCGCUUUGGCUCCGCUCGGCGUGGUUCGGCUCCGCUCGGCUCGACUCGGUGCGCAGCGGCUCUCGGGAAUCUGCUCAGCCGUUUCAGGAGUAAAUCGGUGAUCGGAACCGAUCGGGAAUAGCACAAGCGGCUGUGUGUGGAUAUGAGCGAGCCGUCGGAUGAGAGAUCCCCGGUGUAAAUUGUGAUCUGGUCCCGGAUUUCGGUGGAAUAUGUUCAGAAACCUCGGCUGAUGGAGUUGACGCUAUGGAGGAUUGUGUGUAGGUUCUCCGAUGUUCGCGGCCUGUGCGCUCCCAGAGGAAGUCGUUGAUCGGAUCAGAUGGAUCGCGGAGGUCACGUGGGCGCCGUUCUGUCCCUGGAUCAGAUCCGCUCGAUACGCUCCAAGAACGAGUACACCGAGGGUCCCGUGACGUCGUCGCCGUCCGCCACGCCGCUGCUGACGUCCGAGCGGCGACCGUCCGUACCCGCGCGGAGGCCGUCGCCGCCCCCGCGGACGCCGAAGCACGAGAGGACUCACGAGGUCGUCGUGGUGAACGUCAACAAUAACAACUACGGCGGCGGGAGCGGCGGUUUCGCUCCCUCGGGGAACUCGCCGCCCUUCCGCCACGUGGUUCAGACUCAGCCCAAGUCUCAGGCGGCGCGGUCGCGGGCGCCGUUCACCCCCACGGACGCCCAGGUGACGGCGAAGCAGACCAAGCCGAAGGGCGAGGCCCCGCUGGCGUCUCCGGCGGCGUCCUCGUCGUCGCACCGGCUGAUCUGCGAGAGCUGCGGGAAGUGCAAAUGCGCCGAGUGCACGACGCCGCGCCCGCUCCCCUCGCGCAUGGCCUGCGACGGGCAGUGCGUCUGCUCGGCCGAGAGCGUGCUGGAGCACGGGACCUGCAUGUGCCUCGUCAAGGGCCUCUUCUACCACUGUUCCAGCGAGGGCGGCGACGACGCGGGCGACUCCUGCGCCGACCGGCCGUGCUCGCUCACGCGGCCCCGCUGCCCGGCGCGCUUCCUGUGCAUGGCGCUCGUGGCGCCCGUCUUCCCCUGUCUGCUGUGCUACCCGCCCUGCAAAGGCUGCUUGAAGGCGUGUCAGCUCUGCCACGACCGCCUGCGCCGGCCCGGCUGCCGCUGCGAGAACUCCAACGCCGUGUACCGCUGGAGGGACGAGCAGGGACACGCGCCGGCGCCGGGCAAACCCACCUGAGAGGGACCGCACCCCAACCCAGGCUCUAACACCCGCGGCUGAACCCGCAGCCCGAAACGCACUAACACCCGCUCGGCGGAACCCCGACCCGAGGAGUCGCCCCGCUCGGCUUCCGCGACCAAGCUAACAACCCGAGUAUGUGCUAACGACCACGCCGGGCAGGUCCAGUCCACGUCCAGGCACGUGCUGAUGACCGCUCUUCGGUUUAUCACGAUAUUUCGCGUCCGGUUUUAACGGUAUCGUGGGAAACAUUACCGUGUGCCUUCUCGCUUCAGUCCUCCGGCGAACGUUUGUAGUUUACACACGCUGCGUUGUGUUGUGAUCGCCCGGUACGCACCCAUCCUAGAGGAAGAGGACGACCCCAGGAUCGUUCCCACCACUCCGACUAAGCCCCGCCCCUUCCUCGCUGAGCUGCUGCUAGGAGAACGCAAAAAAAACUGUAAAACCACUCGUCGUCUGACGCUCUGCAGACGUUUAUUAUUAUUAUUAUUAUUAUUAUUAUUUUAUUAUUAAUAACGUUGUUUAUGACCAGCGAGACCGGCGACGCCUUAAAAACCCCCCCGAGAUCUGUGAAGGACUGUCCGGCCAGCCCAUAAUACUCCAGCAGUUCCCAGAUCUCCGUAGCAACCCCGUAUUGUUCCCAUAGAGGGCUUCCCGUGCCUUUUCCCGGGGUCGUAUCCGCGGAAACGACCCCUCCGUCUGGAGGGACGGACGGACACCCGGACUCGAGCGAAACACUCCACGAGGCGUCCUGACCCUCCUGUUAUAUUUAGGGUUAUUUUUGUUUGUUUGUUUGUUUGUUUGUUUUUGGAAUCCCCCCCCCCACACACUUCCCCCCCGUCUCACAUAUUUUUAUAAGAAAUUAAAUGUUUAAAUGUUUAAGUUCGUCCACAAAGAGAAACUCGGCUAUUUUUUCAAAAGUUUAAAUAGAAAAAAAAAGCAAAAAUGUGUUUAAAUCUUCUUUUCUUUUUUUUGUCAUUGUAAAAAAUAUUUAUUAAGUGAAGCUCUAUUAUUUUAUGAUAUUUAUUGCAAAACAAAGACAGUUUUAGAUUUUACUCAUGUCUGAAUAUAACAAAAAUAUCAAUACUGAAAAUGUAAAGGGUGAAACAAGCGCUACGUUUAACUUUACUGCAGAAAAUAUAUGAAUU